AUGGUAAAAGUAUUUCUUAAAGGUGGUACUUGGAAAAACUCAGAGGAUGAGAUUCUGAAGGCUGCUGUACAGAAAUAUGGGAAACAGCAAUGGGCACGUGUAGCGUCGCUAUUGAAUCGCAAGUCUGCAAAACAAUGCAAGGCACGGUGGCACGAGUGGCUGGACCCGUCCGUUCGCAAAGUAGAAUGGAGCCGAGAAGAGGAAGAAAAGCUUUUGCAUCUGGCGAAGCUGAUGCCAGCGCAGUGGAAAACAAUCGGACCAUUAGUUGGCCGUACAGCCACUCAGUGCCAGGAGCACUACGAGAAAUUGCUGGACGAUGCAGCUGCGGGAAAGGGUGAUGAUGACAAUGACCAAAGCUUGCGUAGCCAACCCUUGCGUGUGGGUCAAAUUGACUCGCAUCCCGAGACGAAACCUGCACGUCCAGAUCCAAUCGACAUGGACGAAGACGAAAUUGAGAUGCUCCAGGAAGCACGAGCUAGACUGGCAAACACCCAAGGAAAAAAGGCGAAACGUAAAGCUAGAGAGAAAAUGUUAGCUCAGGCAAAACGUCUCACCGAGCUUCAAAAGCGUCGAGAACUCAAGCAAGCUGGAUUGGUUAGCGGCAGUGCAAGAAGAAAGGCAAAACGAUCUCGCGAAAUUGAUCUUGGUGUUGAAAUACCUUUCCACAAACCUGCCCCAGCUGGUUUUCAUGAUGUCACAUCGGAGGCUGCUAGAACUGAAGGAAUUCGCGCCAAAAGAAUGAAAUCCGUGGACUUCAAGAAACUGAACGAACAGCAAUACCGAUCUCGCGACCGAGAAGCUGCCCAAGCAAAGAAGCGUGAAGAGGCAAGGUUGAGGACACUCGAAAAGAGCAACAUGCAAUAUGUAGUGGCUCAAGUCAGCAAAACGAAUGAUCCAUUGAACAUUCGUAAACGAGGACCGCUCGAGCUUCCUGCGCCUUCUAUCACAGAUCAAGAGCUGAAACAAAUGGCGAAAAUGGAUCCAGCCAUGCCUGAUGUUGCAAGCCUCCAAACAGGAACGGAUGCAACAAAGGCGCUGCUUGCAGACUACACCGACCGUGCUCUGCCAACACCUAUGCGGACACCUAUGACUUCUUCGACAACCAGAAGCAAACAAGAGAGCAUCCUUCGAGAGGCCAGUAAUCUCCGAGCUCUUGAAAGAGGGCAGACACCAUUGCUGGGUGGGGACGAACAACUGGAAGAACACGAGCAAGAGGAAGAUGAGGAUCUUCAGAAAACGGAACGGAUAGCAACGCCAGGAAUGCUUUUGGAGCGCUCAAAGACACCUCGUCGUGAUCAUUAUGGGCUGAAUCAGCGCCCUCAAUCGGAGCUUAGGGGACCAGUUGACGACGCAGCCUCUGUUGGUGCUUCCACUUUUGCCACGAACAUAUCAAUUAGAGAGUUGGCCAGGGAAGAGCGCAGGGCCGCAAAACUUGCUCGGAGACAGCUUGAAGAGGCUCUUGCAGCACUUCCAGCACCGCAGUUUGACUACGAGUUAGAAGCUCCAUCGAAUGCUGAUGAGGAUUUAGAAAUGGGCACCGAGCCAGUUGUCGUAGAGGAUGCAGCCGAUAUUGAUGCAGCAGAACGGAAACGCCUUCGAGACGAAGUAGAUAAGUUGUACGAAGCCAGGUCAAGCGUCGUGAAACGGGCUGAUCUUCCAAGGCCGGUUGGUGCCAUUGUUGACACUAUUUUUGUGUCAACUGAUGAUGCAGAAAAGACAAUUGAUGCUGAAAGAUGGCAGCUGAUGCGACACGAUGCCCAUGCAUUUCCUGUCAAUGCUCCAUCAGCGAUCGGCGAAAAGAAGAGAAAGAAAAAUGUCAAGCAAGCUCCAAUCCCACCUGAGACUCCUCUCGAUCCAAUGCCGGAGGAAAUGCUAAACGAUGCAAAAGACUUAAUUGAAGCGGAAUUGAAGCAGCUUCUAGAACGGAGAGCACAACCUUACUUGCAAGAGGGAAAGUCAAUGGAGGAUGCACAAAUUUUGUUAGAUGAAGAGAUUCUCAAAGCAUGCGGAGCCCCCCAACUGGCCAAAGAAGUUUUUGUUGCUGGGAAGGGCUGGACCAAUGCAACCGACGAGACCAAAUUGCAAAGCUUGAUUGACGAGUAUGAUACCUUUCAAGAGGCGACUUCUGCAUUGCGAAAGAGAAACGAGAAAAUAGAAUCAAAGAUAAUAGUCUUGGCUGGGGGUUAUGCAAAGCGUGCGGAGGCCUUAUCGGCUGAAAUGUCUAAUUCCUAUGGUGAAUUGCGCAACUUGAUCAUUGAAGAGUCUGUCUACAAGGGAUUGCAAGUGCAUGAAGAAAAGGGAGCAGUGCAACGAAUCGAUCGUUUGCGAGCUGAUAUUCAUCGGCUGCAAAAGGACGAGCCUAGAUUGCAAAGUAUGUACGAAGAAUUGGCGGCAAAGAACAAUGCUGAAUUAAAAAUCGAGUAG